AUGCUAGUGCUCAAAUUUAAUGAUAUAAUCACAAAUCAAGUUUAACAAUAAUAACAAUAAUACUAAUACUUCAAGAUUAUCCUUUCUCGAUAUUCCAAUUAACAUUUCUAAAUCAAGAAAGCUUACACUAAAUUCUCAGGUAGAUGGUCAAAAGGAAAUGAUGCAGAAAGAUAAAUAGAUUAUGUCUAAGAAAAUUUAGAUGUUAAUUUAGUUGCUAAAAUAGUUAAUGCCUUUAAUGGUAUUGAAAUCAUCAUUAAUACUUCAUCAGAACUAUAUGAAAUUUAUUAGAUAUUGCAUUUCUUUCAGAUUCAAGAACUUUAAAAUUAAAUAGAAAAUUUUCUUAUACAAGACAAAUCUAAUAUUUUAAUUGGAUACUAAUUAUCUGAAUUGUAUGAAAUUGAAUCAUUAUCUAAUUUUUAUUUUCAAUAUUUCAAAACUUAUGGAUUCUUAGGUAUUUUUAAUAAGAAACUUGAUUAAGAGAAAGCUAGAAAACAUAUUUAUAAAAAUAAAUCUAGAUUAGUGCCGCUUCAUUAUUUAUACUUAUAGUCCAAUUUAUUCAAGAAAUUGUUAAUAUUACACAACAAUCUUGCCACUAUUAAUUUUGAUAAGAAUAAAUUUUUAGAUUAAUUUUAGAUUGCCCUGUUAAUAAGUGAAUAUUGCUUAACUAAUGGCUAUGAUAGAAUCAAAUUAUAAGAAAUCUUCUCAGAUGCAGUUAUAAAAGAAUAAGUAUCAAAUGAAUAAAAAUAAAUUAUUCUAAUAGAAUUCGAAAAAUAAUAUAAAAAAAAUUAAAUGAGAACAGUUUCAAGUAUUUCUCAAUCUGAAGAAGAUGAUUCAUCAGAUACUACAAUUGAAAUUAAACAUGAAAAUCCAGAGAAAAUAAUAUCUCUAACUCCAGCAAUGGAACCUUUUGAAAUAUUUAGAGGAAAAGAAUUAGACAUAAAAUUACUUAUUGGAUUAAAGAAUUUAUAAUUUCAUUUUAAGACAAAACAUACUUAAUUUGGAUUCUAUGUAUCAAAAAAAAUUGAAUUAAAUAUCUAAAUAGAUGAUGAAUAAUUAUAAUUAGUGAACUUAAAUACUAAAGUUUAAUUUAACACAAGUUUAAGAGUUAAUUGGAUUAAAUUUGAGGAAAAUGGAUUAAAUGUCAAUAAUAGAUUAAAAAUAGUCAAAACAAAAGGAAUAUGUCGAUAUGAGGAAGAUGUGAUUGAACCUUAAGGUUAAAUUAGAUUGACUGGAUGUCGUAAUUUUAUUAUAGAAGAAGUUUAAGUUUGGAAUACAUAUUUUUUUGCCCCUUCUUAAAAUUAGGGUUGA